ACAACGUCACAGAAACACAAGAACUUUGUAGUGGAGCCCAUGAAGGAGAAGUCCGUGAGGGAGCUGGCUGGGAUUGGACUGGUCCUGGGGGGCCGUCUGGAGGAGAAGGGCUUCUGCAAGGCUAAGGACGUCCUGGGUCAAUUCCUGCUCCUGAAGCAGGAUAAAGUCGCCUUCAAGAGCUGGAUGAGGCAGGUGUGCUACGCUGGGAACAGGCAGUCAGAGGACUGCUACCGUUGUCUGAGAGAGUGGUGUGAUGCUUUCCUCUGAAGGGAGCUGCCCCGCCAGAGAUGUAAUCUUCCCAAAAAUCCUCCAAUUAAUCCUUAAUCGCUAUUUAUUGAUCGUCAUGACCCGAGAUCACCGAGGUCUUCCAGAUUUUAUGCUGUUAGAAGCUGAUUUAUUA